GAUGGCGAGGAUGCAGCUGGUGCGACUAACGCUUGUAGCUGUGCUGGCAUGUCUGGCCUUGGCACCACCAGCACACGCGGACGAGCUGAUGGAUGAGUUGCUAAACGACUUUGACGACGAAGACGAGGCGCUGCUGCGGCACAUCGAGGCCAAGCACGUAAGUCGCGAUUACGAACAGGAAGACCAGAUGGCCCGUGAGCUCGCUGCCCGUAUUGCUGCCGAACACUACGGACAUGAGGGACAGGAAGAAGAGGAAGCUAUGCUUGAUGGCCAAGCGCCGCGCCUGAUAGACCCAUGUAAGGGUGUCCGGUGUGGUGCCGGCCGUGUCUGCCAGGCGAACAUUGAGGAGCAUCGGGGUGAGUGCGUCUGCAUCCCUGAAUGUCCCGCCGAGACGGAUCCGCGACGCAAAGUGUGUACCAACCGGAACGAAACCUGGGACUCGGCGUGCGAAGUGCAUCGUCAGCGUUGCCUGUGUAACACGGCCGAUCCAGCCUGCCGGCACGUAGAGUUGAGGCAUGUACACAUCGAUUACUAUGGUACCUGUCGCGAGAUGCCCGAGUGUAGCGAGAAUGAUCUGGCCGACUUCCCGCGCCGCAUGCGCGACUGGCUGUUCAACGUGAUGCACGACCUGGCGGUACGCAACGAGCUGCCGGAAGCCUACAUGGAGCUGGAGCACGAGGCCGAAACAAACAUGACCAAGCGCUGGACGAACGCUGCGAUCUGGAAGUGGUGCGAGUUGGAUGGGCAUCCGCAUGACAAUACCGUAUCCCGGCACGAGCUGUUCCCGAUCCGGGCCCCGCUGUUCGCACUCGAACACUGCAUCGCACCAUUCCUGGAAAACUGUGACCCGAACCGGGACCACCGCAUCUCACUGCAGGAAUGGGGCAAAUGUUUGGAGCUCGAGGAGGAAGAUUUGACAGCGCGCUGUGCGGAAAUUUCCAAGGAAGAGGACCAAAACUCCUCCGACCCGCACGAUGCUUUCGUUUAGUACGAAGAUACCCUCCCCAUUUCCACCUGUUUGCUUCCUAUCCUCCGUCUUAUACCAGUCUCACGGCGAAAGGGUUCCGCAUUUCUGACCGGAUCCGCAAGAAUACUGGAAGUCUAUCCACAGAUGCGAGAUACUCGAACAGCCUUAUUGACAGCCCUCUGCUACUGCAACCAAUUGUACACCAGUAUAUAUAGCAAUCUUCUUCACAGGCUAAGAGCCGUUCGUGCUUCUUGACAUAAAUUUCCUUUUAGUAAAACUAAUCCAAUCCAUAUAACCGCUCCGAAGGCGUGUGAUUAUUGAAGGUGGGACAAGUCUUCUGAUUAGAAGCGCACACUACUUGCAACUCCAGUUUGUCCAACAACCCAACUCUAACCUGUCCCGUAUGGACAUAGUACUAUUCUUUUGUGAAUUCAUCUAGAAGCUACCCGUCUUUCGAUCACAUUGAGCGUGUACCUGGAAAAUUGCCGUUCCCCGUGUCCCUGUUUCAAUAAAAAAAAACGGACCUCGUAUUGCGCUCUCACCUUCAAAAAUCAUGAUGUAU